AUGGCCGAGGUCGAAAAUCCCGCCAUGGACGAUUCAUUCGCCGUAUCCGAAGUCGCGGACGACCAGAAUCAUGGCAUGACCGCCAGCGCAACGGUCGGCACGAGACGCCAGGCCAACGGCACCAUUGGCUCUGUAUACUCCGGCAACAAGAUUCGGCAUCUCAAGAAGGAGGAUGGCAUUCCUCUUUGGCGCAAAGACAUUCAGUACCAGUUUCUCAAGCUCGUCUUCGAGGACAAGACCCCGGUUUUCACGCGGUACCCCGACGGACAAAAGAACCUUGACUUUGCCGACAUAUACAUCGACGCGAUGGCGAGGAGCAGCAAGACGAGCAAGAUUCUCAAGGACAAAUUACAGAAUGACAAGCCCGCUGCCAUUAGCAUGGCGAUGGUUUGCCUGCUGGUGAAUUUCGGUCGUAUGAACACGACUUUGAACUUUUUCCCGGAAAUGCGUGCCCAGUUGCGAACCUACCACUCCAUCCCUUCUCUUCAAGCCCAUCAAGAUUCCAAUGCCUAUAAGCAGCUGCAGGACGCUCCACGUCUCAAAUCUAUCCUCAAGGGCGCCUCCGAAGAUGUCGAUCAGCCGAAUACGUUGGAAAAGAUCAAGCGCCAGGAUGCACCUCGGACAAACCCUGUCAAUCUCAUCUUCGUCUUGGCGCAGUAUGCUCCUAAGGUGUCGGAAAUGCAUUUCUUCCCCCCGCGCGACUUCUUCGACUUGGUCAUGAGAUCCACCCUUAGCAGUAAGAGCCGCGCUCGGGCGUUCCUUUGGCUGAUGUGGUGGUAUCUGGAGAGCGAUUUCACAGCCGAGGCCGCAAGGAAUAAUCCAUUCGGACCCGGUCUGGAAGGCGAGGGCACUGAGGGCUUGCCUUUGAAGGUGCCGGCAUUUGAGAGCUUGACAGAGGAGCAGGCCAACGAGGAGAAUGUUGACACACCUGAGGAACUGGAAUAUGGAGAGAUGAAGAGACUUGAGCGCAAGCGCAUCUUGGAAGAGGAUGAGCCGAUUCCACGUAUUCCCAAGCGUCCAAAGAAAGGUAAGCCGUCGUGA